AUGAAUUCCCGACAUUCCAAUGAGACCUCCUCAGGCUCCUCUUAUGAGAGCAAGCAGCCCGUCCUUUACGCUAUAACGAUUAUAUUCAUGGUGCUGGAGACAACGGCGGUCAUUCUACGCUUCGUUUCACGGCGUAUCGGGAAGGUCUCCUGGAGCCGUGAUGAUGCCUUGAUCAUCGCAAGUUGGGCAAUGACCAUCACUUUCAAUGUCACAAUUUUGGUUGAUGUCCGCUAUGGAGGCACUGGCCUCCAUAUGGCGCGCAUCAUGGAAACCGACCCCUCAAUGUCAGUCUAUUUCUCCCAGGAUAUUCUUCCUGUGGGAAUUACCUGGAUCCUUUCCGUCGCACUUUCGAAGUUAACCGUGCUGAGUCUUUAUUUGUCACUUUUCGCAAUCAAACGUGUGACGCGGUACAUUUGCUACGCCACGGGAGCUAUUAUCAUUCUCAACUGUCUCGGAGGAAUUUCCGCUUGCUUUGGUGUAUGUGUCCCAUUGAAGGCGCUCUGGGACACUGGUGUUGCAGGUCACUGCUUCAACUUAAACAUGUUGCUUCGAUGGAUCCGCCUCCCACAUAUACUGUCGGACGUCAUCAUGCUGAUCCUUCCCAUUUCACAUAUUAUCAAGCUCCAAACCACUCGUCGGAUCAAGUUUGGGCUUCUGAUUAGCUUCCUAUUUGGUAGUGUUGGAUUUAUCUUCGGGUUGAUAUGCUGGGUACAAUACUUCGCUACUGAUGCGAUAGCCGAUAAGACAUGGUCAGCAGUUAACAUCUUCAUUUGGAGUAUCCUGGAGGCUGGCAUGUAUCUCAUUGCUGCCUGUCUACUGGCAUAUCACCCCAUAGUCAGCCUGAUUUGGAAACAAGUAAGGAAGCACUUUACGGGCAUGUCCAGAACCAAAUCCGAGCCAGGCAGCACUAGAGACUACGAGAUGGGAUUAGGUAGCCAUGAUCAGAUUCCUGAUGGUCGGGCCUUCGUGCCCUUGAGUGAUAAAGAGGAGUAUAUAGGUUUGGUGACAGUGGCCAAAGUAAAGCAAGGUCAGCGUGGGGAGACUGUACGGAGCAUGAAUUAA